GCUCGAGACGGCAGGGGAGGCACCGCCAGCCGGCACUUCCCCCCCGCCUCGCUUGGACGAUUGGGAGCACGAGGUGGGAGGGAGGGAGGUGGAGCGCCCGGCUUGCCGAUGUCAGCCGACGCCACGGGCGGCGUUGGCCCCCCGGCGGGGCCCGAGGCGGCCAGCGCAGCGGCUGGGCCCGCCGCGGCCGAGGGAGGCGCGCGGCGCGUGGUGUUCUUGGACCCCGCGGUCGGCUUGCCAGCGGAUGGGCGGUUCUGGCGGAGUCCCCCCGUGGGAUGUUUCGCUGAAUUCCCCAUCCGAUUGGGGGAGGAGACGCAGUGACCAUGACCAAGAUGCCGCGGGAUCCUGUCGCCCCCGAUCUCGGUCACGGUCCACGCCGGCCGACGCCGACUCGCCAGGAUGACCCAAGAAUUGACAAAGUUCCCUUUUCGAGGUGUCGUCCGAGUUUCGAACUCCUCGCCUCCGUCGGCCGUCCGUCGACCUUGUCGCCUCCGUCGACCCCGCGGUCAGCUUGCCAGCCUGGGGUCGUUUCUGAUCUUGCACUGGUGCAUAAACCUCUUGGCCUCGGUCAGGAAAGCGGUGCGCACCAUGCCAGGGCCCACGAUGGCCGUAGCCAGGAUCCGACGACGCGAAAAAAUGCCACAUCGUGAGAAAGUCACGACCGCAGCCAUAGACCCC